UGUGUGUGUGUGUGUGUGUGCGCGCGUAAGUUUGGGGGAGUGGGGGGGUGCAAGACUGGUCUGGUGAUUUCACCACCAGACCCGGCAGAGAUAAGAGGAGAAAGCCGAAAAGCACGAAACUUUUUGCACACCACGAAACUUUGAAGCCUAGCAGUGAGCAGCAUCAGGUCCCAUAAACCCUCUCAGCCUUAAUAAAAAUACAUCUUCGUAAAAAGUACUAGACCUGUUAGCUGUAGGAUGCAAUGGAGUCUCAGAAAAACAAAUGGCUUCGUUAUCCUAAUCCAUGAAUGUUUACAGCCAACUAUAUGCUGCAGUAUUGCUGUAUUUAUUAAAAAGAGAAAGAGAAAAUCACACACUUGUUUCAUUUCGCGCUCCUCCUUUCAUUUCCCUCUCUAUGUCUCCAUCUCCCUGGAGUCUAAAACCUGCUGUUCACAUCCACUUCACAUUCUGAUAAAUUAUGGGCCAACAGCCUUUGUUGCACACCUUUUUCUGCUGCUUCUUUGUCGCUCCUUUUAAACUUUUACAGAGAAAAGCUUCCAUCCAUAUUGUGGUAUUUUGAGUACUGGUUGCAGCCAGAACUCCCCUUCUCUCCCCCAGCCUCCUCUUCCUCUAAGAAAAAAAACCCCUCAUCAGCUGUUCUGGGGGCUCUAGGGGCUCUGGAGGCGGCCUCCUGUCUUUGUCUCGGCGUACAGGCUAGCUGGCUAAGCUAGUCGGCCCUUGCAUCACUUUCUGGGCAACUUUAGACUAGUCCACUCCUGCCUGCUCUGCGGCUGCAAAAAUCAGACCGUAACCGGCGGGGCUGAGGGGGAAGGGGGGCACACUGAGGAGACCCAGACUGAAGGAGCUGCAAUGGGUAUGCACAGUAGCCAGAGCGGUGCGUGAGUUCUUGGAUGGAAACGAUAAAUAACUUUAUAGCAGCAGGAGCGGUAGUAGCCUGGUGGUAGUAGUAGUAGUGAUGUAGGCUUGUGCGGGGAGGUCGGGGAUCCUUUGCGUUUGAUUUAUGUGUUUGGGUGAAGUUGUCAGGAGCAGAAGCAGAAGGAGAACGGCUCUGAGAUUUUAUUGCAGCACUUUAAUAAUAAUAGCCAACAACAUGGAAUACGCUUUUCAUCCUGUGAUCCACUUAUAUAAUUAUACAGUUCCGCUUUACGCAGUGUUUACGGCCCCGCGCAGCAGCAGAUGGAUGUGUGUUUAUCUGUGGACAGAGCUAGAUGUGAUCUCUUGCUGUGGGUCCUCAGCCCGGCAGUAAGACUGUCCACAGGACUGUCCAGGGUGAGUGUUUUCUCACUCAGUGAUGCUUGAGUUAUUUAUGGGCCGCGUGGAUCAAACAGCUGUUUGCCUUAUGGGGCCUGUUCUCAUUUUGGUUCGCUCCUCUUUCUCUCUGUCUCUUUCUGUUUUUUUCUCCCCCCCUAUUUUUUGCUUCUCUUAAGUCCCCGUUUGGUGCUUAACAGAAUUUAUGACUUUGGGAAGUUGUUUUUUUGUGUGAGUUUUUUUCGGAUGUGUUCAUUGUUUAUGAAGUUUAUUUGAAGUUUUUAAACGAGACCCUGCAUUAAAUUCUAAUGAUCAUUUUUAAUAGCAAGAAUCAGAAUUUUGAUGCAAUCGGGGCAUGCCUUUCGAUUUCGAUUGCAGUUUUUAGAUUUCAUAUAUAUAUAUAUUUAUAUAUAUAUAAUUGUGUUAAUCCGCGUGUGUGCUAACUGGAGCAUUAUUUCUGAUGGGUAAUUAUGAUUUACGCAUACAGUUUAGCUAUUUAUGUAUUUAUUAUUGCACAAAUCCUUCUAACCUAAGCAAAGUCCAUGUUUAUAUAUUCUAGGCCAUUGCUGCAAAUGAACAAUUUCUAAUGCAUUCUAUAUAUUCCAUAACUCUAUUCCCUACAUAACUCAUUUUGGUACGCUGACGGGAUAAGCAAGAUUAUUAUUGAAUAUGAAAUCAUGCGUGUUUUUGUUUGUUUGUUGUAUUUAUUUAUUUAAUUAUUUUGAGGGAAAGAACACAAAUGUGUAAUUGUGGUAACCAGACUCAAUAACCUCUCACACCCUCUAGCACAAAGGUCACUUUUAGAAAGGUGUUAAGCACAGCAUUGCCUCGUUCUUUGUUGUUGUUUUUUUGUUUUGUUUGUUUUUUUGUGAAUUAUUUAGGGUUUGAAGUCAAGCGGUUGCUGCUGACCUAACCAUUCGAUUCGAGUACAAGAGGUGACCCGCAUCUGUAUCUGAUUUUACCGAGAUGUGUUUGAUUGCAUAUGUCUUCUUUCUCUUUCCUACCCUUUUCCCAUCCCCUCCGCAUGCCCCUUUUCCCGCAAUAUACGUCAGUUCUUAGGAGCUUUCUGGAAGCCGUUUUCCUCCAUUAAAACUUCAGGGGAAAAUAGGAAAUAUUCCGGUCAGGUUGCAGGGGACCGUUGGAGAGACACCGUCACGUGACCCCCGGUACCAAAUGGUCUUCCGGCAGUGGCUCUCAAUAAGGACCGGAGCACAAGAAGACGCCGCCACUUCUCACAGAGAUGCAGAAAACAACAUACUACGACAACUCCUCAACACUUUUUGGUGGCUACUCAUCCUACCCAGUGCAGGGGGCAGCAGUGGGAGCAGGAGCAGCCGCCAACGGCUUCGGGGGCUAUGAUGCCCCGGUCCCAGCGUCUCACCACCAGCCGAUCUUCCAGUCGGCUACCCAUCUGGAUGUGGAUUCAUACCAGCGCUCUGCCUGCUCUUUACAGUCACUGGGCAGUAAUGGUGGCCACCAGCAGCAGCAGCUAGCCAAGACCAAGGAGUUGAAUGGCAGCUGCAUGCGGCCCAGUCUGCCACCUGAGCACCACCCUGGCUCCCAAGUGUCCCCUCCACUUCCCCCCAACCCCAGCAACGGUAAUACUGGGGCUCAGCAGCCAGGUGGCAGUACUGGGUCCUCCUCACUCUCUAAAUCAGGCACCAAUAAGUCAUCUACUUCUUCCUCCUCUACAUCAUCUUCCACAUCGUCUUCAUCCUCUUCACUGCCGCCCAACCCAACCCUGGCCAAGCAGAUUUUUCCCUGGAUGAAAGAGUGUCGUCAGACGACUAAGCAGAAAAACUGUUCACCCAGCAACAACUCUGGCAAUGCAUCAGGAGGAGCUGAGAGUGGCAGCAGCGGGGAGAAGAGUCCAACUGGUGGCUCGUCAGCAUCAUCUAAGAGGGCUCGAACAGCAUAUACCAGUGCCCAGCUUGUUGAGCUGGAGAAGGAGUUCCAUUUCAACCGGUACCUGUGCCGGCCACGACGCGUGGAAAUGGCCAACCUGCUCAACCUGUCAGAACGCCAGAUCAAGAUUUGGUUCCAGAACCGACGCAUGAAGUACAAGAAGGACCAGAAGAACAAGGGCCUGAGUUCCAGCUCUGGAGGGCCCUCACCAACAGGCUCUCCUCCUCUGCCCUUGCAGUCUUCUGCCAGCUUUCUCAAUUCAAUGCACCCAAUGGGAGGGGGAGGUGGAGGAGGCAGCACAGGCUAUGACGCGCCAUCUCCACCAUCCUUUGGCAAGCCCCACCAAGGAGUGUCUUACUCCAUGUCCACUGCCUAUUCAAAUGUCCCCAUGAAGGGCUGCCCCCCCCAGCAGAAGUAUGGCACCCCAGAACAAGACUAUGGUGAUCCCCAUCCCCACCACAGCCUAGUGCAGGCUAAUAGUGCUGGCUAUGGGACACCCACCAAUAUACAGGCCAGUCCAGUCUAUGUGGGGGGUGCUAAUUAUGUGGAACCCAUGCCUGGCUCAGGGCCUUCCAUGUAUGGGCUUAACCACCUCGGCCCCACCCCACCCCACCACCAAACCAUGGACUACAAUGGCGCAGGGCCCAUGUCAGCUGCCAACCAGCACCAUGUGGGUGGAGGGGGUCCCCCGGGUCCCUGUGACCCACCUACACACCCGACAUACACCGAACUGUCGGCACACCACACCUCGACUCAGGGCAGAAUCCAGGAAGCACCCAAGCUCACUCACCUGUAGCAGGUUUGGAACAAAAUGACAACAUACAAAAAAGUGAAGACCACAUCGAACAAAUCAUGGCUCACAAACAGACUUACACAUAGGGAGACUAGUGCUGCAGCAGGAUAGCAUGAGAGGCAAAAGAAGACUCACAGGGGCCGUCCAGUGGUUUGUCCUGAGCUCUGAAGUCACAAAGGGGAACAGCCAGUGUUGGGUAGCGUUCUGCCACCGCCCUGUUUUCACUGCCUUCAUAAAGAGCUCCACUAAAUCUGAUUAAGACGAGACCUUUCAGUGCUACCUUGAAACAGCAGGUAAUUUAAUUUUAAAAAGACAGCAGUAUCGAGUAUCACAGAUGAACCCAAACCUUUCAUAUUGUCAAAUAACUUGAUGAAAGGCAUAUCUGCAUAUCCAGUGCUGGAAACAACAGCAGUGUAUUAUAAUGCAAACUCUUUUUUAAAAUAGAUUUUUCAAACUUAUUAAACUAACUAGUAUAAUGUCUAUUGCUCUAACUUUAUGUGCCGCAUACAGGAAAUUAAGUAACACAAAUUUUAAACCAUAUUGAAUCAUAUUUGAACUUUGAUUAAACAUUUAACUUUUACUUUAGUGGUAUAGUCAUUUUAAAAAUGAACCCAUCUACACAGUAUUCCACAGCCCCAUGGAAAUGAGGUGUAUUGUAGGGAGAGGUCAGGUGUACAUUCAGUCCCCAUGCUGCUCUUUGCUGCUGCAGACAAUGCAUAUCAAGGAGCUUGUCUUAUGGCACUGGUGCAGAGAUACAUUGGCAGCUGUUUGGUAUGACAGGAUCCACGCUGAGCACCAUUGUAUAGUCAUUUGUCAGAUUGAGACUCAAAUAAAAAAACCACCAUGUUCGCACAGAAAAAAUCAGGAAGAUUUGUUCAAAACAGCAUAAAAAAACCCUAAAAAUUUUGAAUUUAAGACACUUAGCAAUAAGUACAACAUUAUUAAAACUAAUUUAUUUUAUAAUUUAAUAUAAUGCUUUCCCAGACUAUACAGGUCUCCUGAUACUGUAAAAAACUGAGAACUUAGUUAUGUUUCUAUUUUUAGCCUUUCAAGUAGAAAGUGGGGUGAGGAGUGAUUGCGUGUGUAUGUUGGGCACGUGAGCACAGCAAAUUCUGGAGUAGUUUAGCUACUGUGUACUAAAAGGAGUCUUUUGGAGGUAGCAUUUAGUCUAAAAUUGUACUUUGAUACUUAAUAGGACACAUAUAUGAACGCAGCUCUCCCCCUUCUAAAUGAAAUGGUUGAAAUUUUAAUGGCCAGUUAACAAGGUGGUUAGAUUUAUGGUGCUGAGUUCUCUUCCCCUUCAGACAACACAUGUUGUCGUCAGCCAAGUUGAGCUAUGUGGAGGACUCUGUCUCUAUACCAGCUUGCGAGAGAGAGAAAAGAAGGAGACAGAGUGAAAUGGAGAGCAGAAAUAUAUAGCUGGAGCUGGCAGAACACAUCUUCUCCUGCAAAAACCACUCGACGGUCACUGUCCCUUUCUGGCUCCUGCUGUAUAACUAUCUCAGACCCAGUCUUUACUAACCCACUGUCUCUUGUCUAUGGCAGCAGCACAUGGGUUCAGAAGGAGGCAAAACCUCCCACAGUUCCCCACAGACUACCCCCCCCCCCACCACCACCAUCACCACCUCCACCCCCUUUCCCAACCACAUACACACACAUCCAUCACCACAUGGACAGCCUACCUAUCGCUCGAACAGGGUUUAAGAAGCUAUGAGCUCAAUUGCUAAAGUACUCAUCGACACACAUCUGUGCUAAGCUACUUUAGCUAAUCACACCUUCAUGCACACACAGCAGUGCUAAGCUAGCAAUGUUUCAUCAACACACCUCCAUAGCCAGGGUACGCCAGCUGUUGACACCUUCAAACAAACACACGAGAGGAUAUGGAAGAAACAUUUAAAAUUCCUUAUUUUAGCACAUUAUUGACACAGGGUAAAUGCGAAAGAGCAGAGAAUAUUAUUUAUUUAUGUUGAGGUAUAUCAUUGCUGUCUCUCUCUUUCUCGCUCUCUCUUUCUCUCUCUUUAUCACUUUGGAAGAGUUAACUUACAAUAGAGGACACUGAUGCAUAAAAGUCCACACUUUCUCCUGUGUUGUUUUGUUCUCACAUAUCUUGACUUUUAACAUGGAUACAGGGUAUAUAUUUGAACAAGAAAUGCAUGUCCCAGAAGUCAGAGCUGCUGUGUAAAACACAUUUUUAAAACUACUGGGUUUAUUUGCUUGAACCAUCAGUGAGUGCAUACAGUGCACACAGAGCCUAUGCAGUGUGGAACAAACACAAGCAGUGUGCACUCGACUCUCUCUAAACUUGCUGAUAUUUAGGAAGUGAAUCCCUGGUUUUGUUUUUAAAAGUGCAUGAUUUACACAAAAGCUUGCCACAUCUGGGCAUCAUUGUUGCACUUAGAGUUUACAUUUUGAUGGUUAACGGUAAAAAAAUAAAAAUAAAAAUAAUAAUAAUAAUAAUGAAAUCUUAUUUUGAAGACGAAAGGCCCUCCAAUCAAAGCGUCUUUUGCCAAUGUGUGUUCAAGUGAACAUUCAUAUAAAAUAUUUAUUUGUUAUAGCCAGUUUAAAAAAAGACUUUCUGUUUUGUAUGACUAUUAUUUAUCCUUCAUGUAUUUAUAUCGAGAAAAAAUACUGUACUUUUUUAGUAUUUACCUGUUAUGAAAGAAAAAAAACAUUGUUUCUUCUUGUCCAUUGUACUAAAGUUACAUUUUUUAGUUCUUGUAUUUUAGAAGAAAAUUAGUAGUUUUUAUGUUCCUAUACUGACCCUUGUACAUAAAUGUCCUGGCUUGUACAGGGGAAAAGGCAAGUGUGGGGAUUGUUGAACCACCCAUGCAUAGUGGGAAAAUAUAGACUAACUAUUAGAUGGAAAAAAGAACAAGUCUUUUUGGAGAAAAAACAAGUUCUUCUUUUGUCCUUUGUAGAUCCUUUUUCUUUCACUGUUGAGAGAGUUGAAUGUUGAACAAUUCUUUAAUAAAAUGUUAUGUUAUUCAG